UUGUGUUGGUAACACUUAAUGAGAUUAGUUAUGUUGCGUCGUACAAAGAGGUCAAUCUCAGGAUUAUCUUCUUGCUCAAUUUAUCUUUGUAUUCCUUUCUUUGCACUCAUUCUGUCUUUUAAAUAUUUGAAUUUAUUCAAAAGUGAAGAUUGAUGGAAUCUUAACGUAACACACUGAAUGGAGGAGGAGCAACGCAACAUCUUGGUGCUGUGACACACAUAGACGCACACUCUUACAAGUCUUCCCCAUGCCGCUGCUACAUAACAAAGUUGCUGAUGGCACUCUUGAUGCCAACAAAGAUUUGGUUGAUGCCAACAAAGAUUUGGUUGAUGCCAACAUGCUUGUGGAUUCUUUAAUGAAGGUGGUAGCAUGUUAUGGACACCUCGCUUCAUGUGUGGGAAGUUGCACAGACAGUUUUCAACUGCGGGAAGAGUUGAAGCAAACGAGCGAAAAAGCCAUGAAGUUGUCUGUGAUCGUCUGUCAGCUUCUCACUUUUUAUCUUCGUGACAAGAAGCUUCCAGAAAAGCAGAGAAAGUCUAUGGAACUUCUUUGGGUUUCUUUGUCCUCCAGCAUAGAGCUGCUGCAUGUUGACAUGUGCAAAGUUCACAAGCUGGAGGACAUCUUCUCUCUGACCGACUCUGCUAGCUUUGUGCUAACUGGUCUGCAAGGUGGGGCCAGUGAGGUGGCCGCCCGGGCCCUCAGCGUCACGGAUCUGAACCAGGUUCUGAACUCCAAGCUCCUCAGCAGCCUGCAGGACCAUCAGGACACGAAGCAGCAGGUCAUCCAAAUGGAGAACAUGAUGGACAACAUGGAGUCAAAGGUCAACGUGUUGCGUUGGAUGGUUGAACCAUGCGGGCUGCAGAAUGGAGACCUGCUGAGCAGCACUGAAAGCUCAUUGGCUCUUUUUUCUGAGGAUGAGGAACACUCAACUGGAUUUCAACCUGCUCGCUUGGUGGUGCUUUUGCUGCUGUGUGCGGCUGUUUUGAUGGUGAGCGCUUUAUUUUUGUGCAUCAUCUUCUUUUCAUGAGCAGUUACUUCCCUUGGUUCUCUGUCAAUAAAGCUUAAUGAUCAGA